AUGACGGGCUUCGACAGAAUUGCCGAGGCAAACGGCGACGAUGAAUGCCGGGCUUGGCUACGCAAGGUCAUCGAUGCCAAGGAUGAAAUCGUCGCCUUUGUUGAUCAUCACUUGGACGGGGGUGGAACCGGAGAGUUUGACGGUUACUUGAAGGGCUCCUUCAACCUGUGUCUCCACGUCAGAUUUGGCCAUGGACGACAGAGCGCCCUCAUCCGGUUCGCAAAACCGGGGCAUACGACAUGGAGGGCCGAAAAGACGGCCAACGAGGUGCGGUUUAUGGAGUACCUCAGCCAGCACACAACCAUUCCUGUCCCUCGAGUGCACCAUUGGGGUCUCACAGAGGACAGCCCGCAAAAGCUAGGGCCAUUCAUCGUCAUGGACUUUGACGAUCAAGAAGAUGUGAUUCUUGACCCAAAUAUCGAUACAACAACACUCGACACCAUCUACGAUCAACUUGCCGACUAUUUGCUCCAGCUCUCUCAGAUUGAUUUUCCCUCCAUUGGAUCAAUCUCCAAGGACAGCGCUUCAAACGCAUGGUCUGUUACUGGAAGACCUUUGACCUACAACAUGAACGAGUUGGCAACCGCUACAGGUUACCCUGCUGAUCAAUUUCCCACUGGGCCAUUUGAUCAUGCAAGCGACUACUUUGGGUCACUUGCAAACCAGCACAUCAUCCACCUUCAGACCCAGCGGAACAUUGCCGACGACGCAGAAGAUGCGCGGAAGAAGUUUAUCGCCCGUCACCGCUUCAGAGAGCUUAUCCCAAAGCACUGCAUUGACGAUACUGGCCCGUUCAAAGUCUUUUGCGACGAUUUGCAACCCUCUAAUAUGCUUGUCGAUCCACAUACUCUGCGCAUUACGGCUGUACUCGAUUUCGAGUUCACAAAUGUCAUGCCGGCCCAAUUCACAUACGACCCUCCAUGGUGGCUAGUUUUGCUGGGACCAGAUAUGUGGCUUGAACGCUACAGUAUGGCCGAUUUCGUAUCUCUUUACAAGCCUAGGAUGGAACAGUUUCUCCAGGCCUUGGAGCGAGUGGAAGCGAAGCGGACAUUAGCCCACAAGCGGUUGGAGGAGCCACAUCUUUCCGCCCGAAUGCGUGAUUCGUGGGAAAGCGGGCGCUUCUGGUUCAACUACGCCGCCAGAAAGAGCAUGGACAUCGAUGCUGUCUAUUGGAACACGCUACACGAAGAUGGUACUGAAGAAGAGCUACUUGACAAUGAGACGCGUGUGGAAAUGGAGGCGUUCGUGAAGACGAAGAUGGAACAACUCGAGACGUAUAGGGAAGAGUGUGCUGAGAGGUUUUCCUAGGGAAAUAAGAGAUCCAUGAUCGAUGAGUGCGGUGAAGAACAAGCGAAAGUGGUCGUGCCACGUCAUCCAAAGCUGGACCGACUCGGUCAACCAUCCUUC